UUCUCCUCCAUUGAAACAUGUCCCUCUCUCGUUGUGUCCACUAUCUCUCUCAAAACUUAUUACAUUGUUUUUUUUACAAUAUCUGACACCGCCCCUCCAUUUGUUUUAUAAUUUUUCGCAUGCCACAAAAAAAACACCAUUGUUUUUACAAUAUAUUGGAGACCUGAGAGCUCGUACUUUGAUUCCUGCAUUGCAUGUAACCAAACAACCCUCAAGCUCGCUCGCUCUCUCUCUCUCUCUCUCUCUACCAACUUCACCUUCUUUUGCCCUAUUCGGCUAAAUUUCAUGUAAUGCAGCAAAGCUUUGCUCGAACACUCAAAUGGGAAAGAAAAGUGGGACUUCAUGGCUGACUAUAGUGAAAAGGGCAUUCAGGUCUCCCACUAAAGAUUAUGAUCAGCAAAAAAGCAGCAAAAGAAGAGAUGAGCAUGAACCAGAAGAAGAAGAAAAGAAGAGAGAGAAGAGAAGGUGGCUUUUCCGGAAGCCAACUGUUCAUGUUCAACAAUGUGAAGCAAGGACAGUGACUGUAGGUGCAACCCCACCUGUGAAUCCUGUUUUGGACGCUGAGCAGAGGCACGCAAUUGCUGUGGCCGCAGCAACUGCAGCUGCAGCCGAAGCAGCUGUGGCUACUGCCCAAGCGGCGGAAGAAAUUGUUCGGCUCACUAGACCGACUAACUUUGCUAGAGAACACUACGCUGCUACACUCAUUCAAACAGCAUUCAGAGGUUACUUGGCAAGGAGAGCUCUACGUGCACUUAAGGGCCUGGUAAAGCUUCAAGCCUUAGUGAGAGGUCAUAACGUUCGGAAGCAAGCAAAGCUGACAUUGAAAUGCAUGCAAGCUCUGGUUCGGGUACAAGAUCAGGUUCACAACGAGAGAUCAAGGCUUUCGCAUGAUGCUGGUCGAAACUCCAUGUUUGCUGAAACAGGCCUUCACUUGUGGGAAUCCAGAAUUCAGGAUAUUCGUGACAGAAAGUCAAUAUCUAGAGAGAAAAUUCUUAGUGGUGAGGACUAUUGGGACGAUGGGCUUGAACCCAUACCGCGGAGUCGAAAGGAAGCCGCUUUAAAGCGCGAAAAGGCUCUUGCUUAUGCUUUCUCUCAUCAGAUAUGGAGGCCUGGGAGGAACCCGUCUGCAGGUGAUGAUGCAGAGAUAGAAGAGAGAACAAGAUGGCUAGAAAGAUGGAUGGCCACGAAGCAAUUCGAAAACAGCAGCCGAGCUUCAAUUGACAAAAGGGACUCCAUAAAAACAGUUGAAAUCGACAAAAAUUCCAGGCCUUCCUCAUACACGUCUCCAAAUGUUCGAAUUUCACAUUCGCAACAGCAAAAACAACCAGCCUCCUACGCCAUUGCUUCAGCUUCACCCCUACACAAAUCACAGAACAUGGAUCAUCUCUCGCCCGCAACACCCUCUCCUUCAGAACUGAAAACUCUGAAAGUGCGGUCGGCGAGUCCAAGAUGCCCAAAAGAGGAAAAAUACUAUUGCUCAUCAGCUGCACACACACCAAGCCUAUCAGGCUUCAAUGCUUAUUGCAGCUUCAAGGGUGCAAUGUGCCGUUCUGGAACACCAAAUUACAUGGCUGCCACUGAAUCCGCAAAAGCCAAGGCUCAAUCUCUUAGUGCACCUAGAACAAGACCUUCGACACCCGAGAGAGAAAGAGGCGGCGGUUCAGCCAAGAAACGCCUUUCGUACCCUGUCCCGGCUGAGCCACAACCACAUAAUUGUGUUGGCAUUGGUUAUAGUAGCUUCAGCCAUAACUUGAGAAGUCCUAGCUUCAAGAGUGUACAAAAUAAUGGCUACUAUGGGAGGGAGAACUCGCCAUCGUACACCGAUAGCAUAGGGGGAGAUAUUUCUCCAUGUUCAACCACUGAUCUGAGAGCAUUUUCAAUGCAAAGACUCAAAUUCUAAACCCAUAUUUUCAAUUUGGGUCCCAAAACAGUGGUGAAUUUAUGUAUUUUAGUUUUCUUCUCCAA